AGGAAAUCAAACAAGUUAAAGAGUCUUUCUAAGUACCCCUCACCGAACACUCUUCUGCAAUUACAUAAUCGUCCGAUGCCAAAAGGCCAGAACCCAGAAUACUAUUUAGCUGAAAGCUGGAGUCAAACGCUCCUUCUAGACCACAGCCCUAACAAAGCCGUAGACCUUUGAACGAUCCCAAGUCAUUAACUUUCUUGUUUUGUCUUCCACACUCUUGAACAACUUUUUCCACAAACAUAAACAGAUCGGACCCCCUAAACAAGAACCAAAAUUUAUCUUCUUUCAAACGUGAAAUUUCAUUUCAUUGUCUUCUUAACGUUACAAAAAAAAAAAAAAAACAAAGAAACAGGUUUACUAUCUCCUUUGUUUUUGUUUUUGUCUUUUUUUUUGUUUCGUCCCCUUAAAACAAAGAGUUAGAUUGGGAGAGACAGGGAUAAAGACCCUGUUUUUGAUUGAUGGGUAUUAUCUCAAAUCUGAGAGGAUCAAGAACCCAAGCAGAAGGGUUGCCAUCUUCUACAUCUGUUUCCAACAAGAAAAAAUGGUCUAGUUUGAUGCCUUUAGUUGUGGCCCUUGUGGUCAUAGCUGAAAUUGCGUUUCUUGGUCGUCUUGACAUGGCCAAAAACGCUGCCUUUUUCGAUUCAUGGCCUGAGAUGUUCUAUAAAUCACAAUCUUCUGGUGGAGUAGAGGUUGCUGGCGUUGAAAAGUUCGGGAUUGAAGCUUUGGGUGGUGAUCAGAACUUAGUUAAAGAGAGCUGUGAGGAGUGGCUUGAAAGAGAAGAUGGCGUGGUUUAUUCAAGGGAUUUUGGCAAGGAUCCCAUCUGGGUUUCUGGUGGCGAGCAGGAGUGGAAAACUUGUUCUGUGAGCUGUACGUUUGGAUUUGAUUCCAGUAAGAAACCUGAUGCUGCCUUUGGUUUGCCUCAUCAAUCUGGAGUUGCUAGUGUGCUGCGCUCAAUGGAAUCAGCUUCCUACUAUUCUGAGAAUAAUAUUGCUCAGGCACAACGGAGGGGUUAUGAUAUUGUAAUGACAACUAGCCUCUCUUCAGAUGUUCCUGUUGGAUAUUUUUCAUGGGCUGAGUAUGAUAUCAUGGCACCAGUGAUGCCAAAGACUGAGAAGGCCCUUGCAGCUGCUUUCAUUUCUAACUGUGGUGCCCGCAACUUUCGUUUGGAAGCUCUUGUUGGGCUUGAAAAUGCGAAUAUCAAGAUAGAUUCUUAUGGUGGUUGCCAUAGAAAUCGCGAUGGAAGAGUGGACAAAGUGGAAGCUCUUAGACGCUAUAAGUUUAGCUUGGCUUUUGAGAACUCCAAUGAGGAGGAUUAUGUCACGGAAAAAUUUUUCCAGUCUCUUGUUGCAGGAACUGUACCUGUGGUUAUUGGUGCUCCAAAUAUUGAAGAUUUUGCCCCCUCUCCUGGUUCAGUUUUACAUAUUAAGGAAUUGGAGGAUGUUCAAUCAGUUGCAAAAAGAAUGAAGUACCUUGCAGAAAACCCUGAUGCUUAUAAUCAAUCAUUAAGGUGGAAGUACGAAGGCCCUUCUGAUUCUUUCAAGGCCCUUGUGGAUAUGGCUGUGGUUCAUUCGUCAUGCCGUCUGUGCAUUCACUUGGCAACUGUCAUCCAAGAGAAAGAAGAAAGGAGCUCUGACUUCAAAAAACGUCCCUGCAAGUGUAGCAGAGGAUCAGAAACCGUGUAUCAUUUAUAUGUAAGAGAACGAGGAAGGUUUGAGAUGGAUUCUAUUUUCUUGAGGUCUGGCAAUUUGACUUUAGGGGCCUUGGAGGCUGCGGUGCUUAUGAAGUUUAAGUCUGUGGAACACGUGCCUAUUUGGAAGCAGGAAAGACCCAAAAGCAUAAGAGGAGGAGAUGAACUAAAAGUAUACAGAAUAUAUCCUGUUGGCUUGACACAGAGACAGGCUUUAUAUACCUUCAAGUUCGAAGGGGAUGCUGAUCUUAGGAGCCACAUUGAAAACAACCCUUGUGCAAAGUUUGAAGUCAUAUUUGUCUAGAUUGAAGGUUGCAUUAUCUCAACUUUGUGCUUGGACGAUGGAUUCCACAUUUCAGCACUAUUUGCUGAAAAUAUUUCCUGAAAGAUCAAGGUAACCUUAUGUAGGUUAUUACUUUCAUCAAAUGCUUCUUGUAAGGACCUCAUGAUUUUUUAACAUUGAUGAGCUGCUAGGUAAUGGCUGAUAGGGAUGAGCAUGGCUUCAAAUGGCUCAAUUUAGUUUUAGCUCACGAAACAAUGCAUCUGACCCUUUGAGUUUUAGCUUCAAAAUUCUUCCAAGCAUGAUAAAUUAUUGGAUAAAUUAGUUUUACUUUAGAUAUGUUAAAAGAGUCAUCGUGUAUAAGUUGUUCCUGGUGAAUCUUUCGCUGUUAUAACUCGUGAAUACUUAUGCUGGAGCAAUCUGGCUUUUUCAUUUGCAACUUUGCAUCUUCCCUUUACUUCAGAAUGUGAAUUCAGAGGGUAUAAUUACAUAGUACUGCAAAGCGACUGUCUGAAUUCUGACAUUUUGAUCGUUCACUUCCGCAAACCUUAUACACUCAAAGAUUGGGCGAGGCAAUGUCUCAUACGGCUCUUAGUAACAAAACUUUGUUGGGCCAUGCAGUCUCAGCCAUUAACUGGGGCUCAACGAUGGAGCCUCUGCUCUCUUUUUGUGUGGGGAAUUCAGCUAGGAGAACCAUCCGUAAAAAAUAAAACCUGUCAGCUGCCGGUGCCCUGGGAAGGCAAGUAAAUGGGGAGAAUCUUCCAAGAAUGACCUAUGCAUAUUCUUGGCUGGUUAAAUGUUUGCAAGUUGCAACCCUUUUUAAAUACUAGUAUAACAUGCAGUUUCUUAGGUUGUUGACUACAAAAUUUCUGGACCCUCGAUCUCAAUUGCUCCCUUUAUCUUCUUUUUUUUUCUUUGUUCUUUUCUUAUGAAAUAGUAUUCAUCCAUCUAGGAAAUUACUGGCAAACAACAAGAAACAUAGAAUCAUAGAAAGACAAAUGUAAUAUGUUGAAUGAGAGAAAAUGAAAUAAAAAUAUGGUCAACAACUAUGUGAUCUGAUGGUAAAAUAUUACUCUUGGCUUCGGUUAUUGGCGUUCUCAAA